AUGGACAACAUCAGUGGUUGGUGUUACAGUAAGCGGAGACUGGAAGGAUCUACGGUUGUAGUGACUGGGGGCAACGCGGGGAUAGGCAAGGAGACUGUCUUAGAUUUAUAUAAACGAGGUAGCAGAGUAAUAAUGGCUUGCCGGAAUGUGGACAAGGCAAAUGCAGCCAAAGAAGAAAUAGAGGAGCAGUGCAAGACACAGGAAGGUACGGGCUCGCUGGUCGUGGAGCAACUGGACCUGUGUCGGCUGGAGAGCGUGCGCGCGUUCGUGCGGCGCGUGGCGGCGCGCGAGCGCAGUCUGCGCGCGCUGCUGUGCAACGCGGGCGUCAUGAUGUGUCCGCUGGCGCGCACGGAGGACGGCUUCGAGACACACAUCGCCUCCAACCACCUCGCGCAUGCGCUGCUCGCGCUGCUGCUGCUGCCGCUUCUCAUUCGAGACUCUCACUCCAGGAUCGUCUUCGUUUCCUCUAUGAUUCAUGAGCUCUUCAGCAUGGAUAUGAACGAUAUCAACUUUAUAAAGACUCCGUACGAACCAUUACAGGCGUAUGCCAAUAGUAAAAUCGCUAACAUUUUGUUUGCGAAGGCUUUAGAUCUGAAACUAAAGGAAUACAAUAUAAAAGGCGUAUCAACAUAUAGCUUACAUCCAGGCAUUGUGAAGACCGGAAUAGCACGAUAUUUCCCAGAAGCAGGCUGGUUCGCGGCCAUUGCAAACUAUUUGUUCCACCACUAUCUACUGAGCUGGUGCUGGAAAUCUCCUCGAUGUGGUGCGCAGACAAACAUAUAUUGUGUUGUUGAUGAAAAAUGUGAGAAUGAAAGCGGCUUGUAUUACAGCGAUUGCGCGGUGACUACGCCUUCCAGGCAAUGCCGCAGUGUCUGCGAAGCGGAGAAAUUGUGGAACAUCACAAUCGACAUGCUCAACCUACGUGAAUACGACAUUUUCGGAAAUGAUGCGACGAUUAAACAUUAUUAA